UUUGUUUGUGAUCAACUUGGGUGUAUCUGACUUCCUGAUGGGGGUGUACAUGUUGAUCAUUGCUGCAGUAGACACACACUACAGUGGGAGGUAUGUCACAUACGACAAAAAGUGGAGAGAAAGUACCUUCUGUGCUGUCGCUGGGAUUAUAUCCAUGAUAUCUAGCGAGAUGUCCACCUUCAUCAUCCUCUUGAUAACUAUUGACAGAUUCAUCGCCAUUGUGUUCCCUUUAUCGACACACAAGUUCACCUGGCGGAAGGCAAUCAUUGCAGUAAGCGUGUUCUGGUUCGUAACUCUUGCGAUUGCUGUUACUCCACAAGUAUUCUUUCAAACAUACUUUAAAGGAAAAUUUUAUUCAAGAUCGGGCAUCUGCCUUGCUCUGCCUCUCACUGGCGAUAGUUCACCGGGGGAUGAAUAUGCUGUUGCCAUUUUCAUCGGAAUGAACAGUUUGGUUUUCUUACUGAUAGUGAUGGCGCAGUUUUACAUCUAUAAAGCCAUGAAAGGUAGCGGAAGCCUGGCCACUACACAGAACCGCAAGACGGAAAUCGAACUGGCCAAAUCGUUGUUCCUUGUAGUGGCCACAGAUUUCUGUUGCUGGUGUCCGAUUGGAGUUAUAGGAUUAUGGUCCCAGACGGGAGGGAUAAUUUCCCAAGAUGUGUAUGCUUGGGUGAUGGUAAUGGUACUUCCAAUUAACUCUGCGAUCAAUCCUUUCCUUUACACGUACACCUACAUCAAAAGGAAAAGGAGAACAAGUGCUCGGCAUAGCUGCACCAAUUAUACUUCUGACAGACGCAGUACAUCUGGAUCUACCAAGAACCAACAGAUGUUUUACGAUGCAGAGCAGACGAAUGCAUUGAAGGAAGUAUAUUUCAGUAAAUUAUUUGAGAGUACAAGAGAAUAUAUUUCCCUUGAAACGCACAUUCGUGAUCAAUUACUGUCUCCGGCGGACGCAUUCAAGAUAUCACAAUCCGUUAUAAUAUGUCUGUCCUUCCUGCACGCCCGAGGUAUCGUUCACGGCAACGUAUCUAAGGAGUGCGUCCGUAUCAAAACAUCCAAGCAGGUUCUGCGGCGUGCUGCACUUGUAAUGGAAGCGAACCCGAUACCGUUAAAAUACGAGGGACCCCAUGUGGAUGUCCUUCAGUAUGGGAUGUUGGUGAAAAAUCUUCUGAGACGGCUGAGCAAACGCUAGAAAAACUUCAUCAUCGUGGAUCUUUUAAACUUUGGAACUAUCUGUCUGAAGCCUUCUAUCGAUAUUGAAGAAGCGUCAGGGUGACGUCAUACCCCUGUGUCUUUUUAUGAUAUGGACUUAAUAUUUUCAAUUAUUUUAUAUUUGAAAAAAUAUAUACGUAACAGUACAAAUAUAUACUCACACAGAAGGGCUCUCAUUUUUCACACGUAAGUGACACUGCUUUCUACCAUAAUCAACAUACUCAACAUUGUUUGUUUUUCGAACAAUUGUUCUCUCGCACUGCUUACACUAUUGAUGUUUUGGAGGAUUGAUAAUCAAUAAUGUGAUAUGUUUAGAAGUAAGUAUAAGGAGAGAAACAUUACAGAAAAUCUUCGAAAAAUUCUUGAUCAUUCUCGGUAUUAUCUCAUUUACUGUCGAAUAAACAUAUAUAUACCGUAUACAGAAUACCUAAAGGGAGUUGUCAUAUGACCAUGAUGUAAUACAACGAACGCCAUAUGUCAGUAUAAGAUACAGCAACGUUUGACCAGAUUAGUGUCAACAACAUUCCCAUCUUCUACAUUCUUUAUGUUGU